AGAAUGAUUUUGCCCUCGCUUCUGCCAUUUAUACCAACGUGGUGUGCUGCAAACUACUGCGCAUGCAUGGCUACAAUAUUUUCUUCUCUGAUGUGGGUUUUCUGGCCUGAGGAUAUAGAAUUUAAUAAGCAAACGAAGAUUGAACCAAUAUAUUAUGACUUCAUUGUGGUAGGAGCUGGCUCAGCUGGAUGUGUUGUAGCCAAUAGACUUUCAGAAAUCAAGGAGUGGAAUGUACUGCUACUCGAAGCAGGAGGAGAGCAACCAAUUGUUGCUGAUAUUCCUGGUUUUGUUUACCAGCUUGGGAAAACUGCCAUUGAUUGGAAUUAUACAACCCAAGCCGAAGCAGAGUCAUGCUUGAUAAAUAAAGGUUGCAAUUUGCCUCGUGGAAAGGUAAUGGGUGGUUCAAGUUCACAUAAUACCAUGAUGUAUGUCAGAGGUAAUGCAGAGGAUUACAAUAAUUUGGCCAGGAAGGGAAAUACUGGAUGGAGCUAUCAAGAAAUUUUACCCUAUUUUAAGAAGUCAGAGGACAACACAGACCCAGAGAUCGUGAGACAGAACCCGGGCUAUCAUGGAACUAAAGGAUAUCUCACAGUAUCAAAAUAUCCUUUCCUCUCUCCAGCAGGAAGAAAAGUAGAAGAAGCUUUCAACGAACUCGGGUAUGCAACUAAAGAUAUAAAUGCAAAAAGUCAAUUAGGAAUCACUAAUGCCCAAGCUACUAUAGACAAUGGUGUUCGUGAAAGUGCCAAUGCAGCAUUUAUUCGUCCAAUUCGAGGACUGCGGCACAACUUGAUAGUCAAGAAUAAGAUUUACGUAACUAAAAUUUUAAUAGAUCCAGUGACCAGACGAGCUUAUGGUGUUGAAUGUAAGUCAUCACCUACCGGAACUCCUCAGUAUUUUUUGGCAAAGAAAGAAGUAAUUGUAUCAGCAGGUGCUAUAAACUCACCAAGGCUACUGAUGGUUUCUGGUGUAGGGCCAACUGAGGAACUUAGCAGAAAUAGAAUUAGAGUCAUUCAGAACUUAUCUGUCGGUCGCAAUUUUCACGAUCAUUUUGCUGCUAUAGGUGUUUCUGGAAUAAGAAAAAAAGUGAGUUUAGAUAAUGAUGUCGAAUGCAAAGAAAAAGUUGGAAACUUUACCUAUUAUGCCAUUACACAAAAGGGAACCUUCUCCGCAGUGGGCCCAGCAUUUCUGGCUGCCUAUGUUCGCACGGAGUUUGAAAAAAAUAUGAAUAUCCCCGACACGCAAUUAAAUUUGAUUGUUUCGGAUGAAAAUAAAUUCUCCAUCAUGACAGUAUUGCUCACUCCCAAUAGUAGAGGGUACAUAAAACUUAAUACUACAGAUCCAGUCUGGGGGUCACCUUUGAUAUAUCCUGGAUAUUUAACUGCCGAACCAGACCUAAAACGUAUCAUUCAGGGUAUUCGAAUUGGGCUUAGUGUAUUCAAUACUGCAGCUAUGAAAAAAUAUCAAUUUAGACUUGAUGAUACCCCUAUGCCUCCUUGCCACAUGAUUCUAUUCAACUCAGAUGCAUAUUGGACCUGUGUUGUGCGAUAUUUUGGUUUUCCAUUUCAUCAUAUUGUUGGAACAUGCAAAAUGGGCCCGCAAGAAGAUGCUGAAGCUGUUGUUGAUCCAAGGUUGAGAGUCUAUGGUAUUCAAGGAUUGAGAGUUAUCGAUGCGUCUGUCAUUUCAGUUGUUCCAAGAGGAAAUACUAAUGCACCAGUUAUGAUGUUUGCUGAGAAAGGUAGUGACAUGAUUAAAGAAGAUUAUUUAUUUAGAGAACCAUGCUUCUUUAAAUAAGACCGUCGUCCUCUUAAUUGUUCUGCUUGGAACUACUUCAAUAUGUUUCUCUGUACAGACAGAUUUAUGCAGUUGGGUCGACUGGAAAGGGAUACAUGUCGUGUAACGCGUAUGCAUGCCCUACUUUUCUAAAUCAUAAUAGUAAUAAACAAAAGAUAGUUAUAACAAAAAUUCAUUUUAUUUAGUAUAAUGCUACUGAAAAUACAUAUUAUAUUAUAAUUUUCCAAUCUUUGAUGCUACAGAAAACCCGUUUUGAAGACCAGUGAAAUUUGAGAAAUUGCUUUAAAUGGUAACAUUGUAAAUUUUGCAAAAACUUUAUAACUUUACUAAACUUUUAAAUUUAUUACAAAAAGAAAAUUCGCUUUUUAUCGAAUUUAAACUGUAUCAAAAAUUAUUAAU